CAUCUGCAUUUGGUUCUCAAGCCCCACGUGCGACCUUUACAUGCGUUCCAGACUAAAUUAGAGUUGGUAGGCGCUCUUCGAGACAUUGCCAAAAUUCAACAGACAGCAGUUGAGGAGUGCGAAAUUCUUCACCGUGACUGUAGUCUUAACAACACUAUGAUCUGUGAUGAUGGCAAUGGGGGUCGGGGAACCUUGAUCGAUUGGGAAUUUGCCGUGCAUAUU